AUGGCGCCGACGUCAAAAGUUUGGACAACGUUGACGUCCAACAAGCGGACGGGGCGGACGUCCCACGAGCGCACGGCGCCGACGUCAAAGCGGAUGAAGCCGACGUUCAACAAGCAAACGGCGCCGACGUCCAACGAGCGGACGGUGACGACAUCAAAAGUGCAGACGGCGCCAACGUCCAAUGAACGGAUGGUGAUGACAUCCAACGAACAAACGGCGCCGACGUCCAACGUCAAAAGAGCGGAUCACCGACGUCCAACGUCAAAAGAGCGGAUGACACCGGUCCAACGAGGGGACGUCCCCGACAUCCAAAGUGCUGACGCGGCCCACGUCCAACGAGCGGACGUCCCACGAGCGCACGGCACCGACGUCAAAAGAGCGGAUAAGGCCGACGUCCAACGAUCGGACGACUCCGACGUCAAAAGUUUGGAUGACUUUGACGUCCAUCGAGCGGACAGGGACGACGUCGCCAACGUCCAUCGAGCGGACGUUGCCGACGUCCAUCGAGCGGACGCUGAGAGAAGCAAGCAACACAAGAAAGAGAACCAUUUGAUGGAAGAAAAGAAAAAGAAAAAACAAGAAGAAAAGAUUAAGAAGGACAUUGCUCUAAAGAAGGCUGCUGAACAGAAAUCCAAAGUGCCAGAACCUGCUCCCACUAAGCCCAGUCCAGGCACACCACACCACUUCCACCCUGCCAGCCCUACGCUGCCCCUCUCCUUUUCAUUUUCUUCUGGAAAUGACAAGCGCACCUCCUGCAGUAGCCAGCUCCAGAGUCCGACCGCCCCUCAGCCACAGUGCCCUUCGUCCUCUGCCAGCUCUCGCUACCCACCCAGAGAGGUGCCCCCGCGCUUCCGGCAGCAGGAGCACAAGCAGCUACUGAAGAGAGGCCAGCCGCUGCCUGCAGGAGCCUUCUGUGCUCUCACAGCCUCCUCUUCCUCCUUGUCACCUUCAUUACCUCACUGUUCAUCUUCUACAACUACCAGCAGCACUACCACAAACUCUGCAGGCAAACAACAAUCAGACAUAUCCCUCAAUAGUAGCCCUUCUGCUGAGAAUUGCCAGUGGGGAGCCUCCUUGCAUGCUGACAGCAUUUCCGGUGCCAGCAGCUGGAACCAAGGAUAUACUGAAGAAAUUGAAACUAAAACCUGGCCUUCCAUUAACCAUAGUGGUGACCCCAGACGACCUGCAGUACCAGAAUGCCCCUUGGGCUCAGCUAGCUUUAGCAGAGACGUCAGUGCUAUCACUACUGCCAGCAGUACUUUUCUGAGUAUGGCCACAGGUGCCACAGGCCAGCCGUCCCACUACACAUCUCUUAAAUCCAACAGUAACAUGAUGACAGGACCUGGAUCAACCAACACAUUGUCAAGUAACAGAGGUUGGGGCUCAGAUGCCAAACAAGACGGAAUGAAUAGUGGGCGAGUAGGAACGCCCAAUCACUGGGGCUCACCCGGUUUUAACUUAAAUCUCAAUCCCAGUGCAAACCCAUCUGCCUGGCCUGUUCUGGGUCACGAGGGUGGUGGUGGUGUUAUUGGCCCAAAUGGGGUCUCUGCUUCAACUCAUCCACCAGGCAGUGGGAAUGGAAACAUUGGGAAUGGCAGCCUUGGAGGCACAAGACCCUGUAGUGGAGGUUGGGUUAGCAUGGUUGGUGCUAAUGAAAAUGAACAGCAGCGCCCUUCAACCAACACAGGCUUGUCCUUCAAUAUGGAAACUAACCUUAACACUGAUGGACCAAACCACACCAAGCAACAAGCUCAGGAGCCUAUGAGCCCUAUCCAUGGGUUAACUGGCUGGGGUGGUCAGUCGCCAACUGAAUCAUCCCAACUUAAUGGAGACACAACAGGCAGCUCUGUAUGGGGUAGUGGAGAAGCCAAGGCAACUGACUCCCCCAAAGACACAGUUUGGGACACUGCUUCCUCUACAGGCCUUUCUGCCUGGGGUCGCCAAGGUAGUGGUGGUGGUGGGAGUAAUGGAAGUGGUAGCUGGGGUGACUGGGGAAAAUCCUCAGGUGGUGGCGAUGCAUCGAAAGGCUGGGACUCUGUUGAUGCUGUCGUUUCAGGCACAAGUCAAGAGCAACAACUUGGAUCAUGGGGUAAGCAGCCUGGAACUGCCCCUGCAAGUGAGGGUAGUGGGGACAGCAGAGAUGGCAAUUCUGACCCCAGAGAUAGGUCCUCAAGUAUGGAUUAUACCCCUGUGUUACCGCGACAGGACCUUGAUCCUAGGGUGCUGAGUAACACAGGUUGGGGACAGACGCCCAUCCGACAGCAUACAGUGUGGGAGAUGGAGGAAGCAAAUUCCGAUGAUGGGAAAAGCAACAGCAGCUCAGACACUUUUGAAAGUUCCAGUUCUAAUAGUGGAUCUGCAUGCACCAAUGAAAGUACCAUCAACUCUAACAUUGGUACCAAUUUGAGACAUGGAUCUGAUGGAAAACAUGACAGCGAAGGAUCACCAGGUUGGGGAGCACCUCCACCUCAACAAGUAAAGACCCCAUCAGGAUGGGAUGAUCCCACACAUUCACAGAACGAAGCAACUAAUGGCACUACUGGUGGAUGGGGAGACCCUUUGCCUGCCAGUGGACCUAAAAAUGUAGGUAUGACAUCUUGGGGCUCUGAGGACAAAUCACCAAGCUGGGAUGGUGACAUGACAAAAAGCCAGUCCACUACUUGGGGAGAGGGCCCGCUUAGCUCCCGUGGUUGGGGCAAUAGCAAUGGAGGUGUCAACAAUUCUAGCACAAGGGAUUGGGGUGAACAAGAACGCAAGAACAAUGGGUCCCCUAACAGUAUGUGGGAAGGGGAUGGAGGUAAUGGUGGAUGGAAGGACAAUGCUAGAGGAGGAAUUAGAGGAGGUGAUAAACUGACUUCAUCUGUCAGUAGCAGUACUUGGGGAGAGGCGUCUCGUACCAAUGGCCCAGUGCAAGGCACUUGGGGUUCCUCCAAGCCCACUGAAAGUAGUAGCAGCAGCACUGGUAGUGGAGGAGGGGGGAGCAUUGGUUCUUGGGGAGGUCCUGGUUCUGUCAAACAGAACACUUCCAGCUGGAGCAAACAGGACCAACGCUUGGAAUCUACUGGUUGGGAGGAGCCAUCACCGCCUUCAAUUCGCAGGAAGAUGGAAAUUGAUGAUGGAACAUCCACCUGGGGUGAUCCUGGCACAUACAUGAAAACUGUCAACAUGUGGGAUCGCAAUAAUCCUAAUAAUAAUCCAGGCAACAGCGGCCCACCCGCUACUAAGAAUGGUGGCAUGAUUGCAUCCAACAGCAACAACAACAAUCAUCCUGUUGGCCCUGGCAACAGCAGUCACCACCACAGCCAUCCAGUGCACCAUCAUCCUCACCAUGGCAAUGCGCCGAGUCAUCUCCAUCAUCAGCAUCAUGGAAACAACUAUGGGCCACCCAACAAUUGUUCACCACAUGCAAACGCUGGUCUCCAGGGUAGACCUCCUCUCGCUAACCCAGGCUGGGGGGAGCUUCCCAAUGUUCAGCCCAAAUCAGAGCCUGCUUGGGGAGAGCCCGCUGCGCCAACAUCAGCUGUAGACAAUGGCACCUCUGCUUGGGGCAAGCCUUCAGGGGGUGUUAGCGGAUGGGGAGAUGGUGGCCAUGAGCCCUCCGGACCUUAUGGCAGGGCCAGUGGACCCUCCUCUGCUGCAUCUUGCAAGCCGGGUCCCAAACCUAUGCAAGACAGCUGGGGGAGCGGAGGGGACGAAAUGGGAAUGUCUACUGGCCAGUGGGACAAUGAGGACGGGGACAUGUGGAGCAGCCCCACCUCACAGGAAUCCAGCUCCUCCUGCAAUUCCUGGGGCAAUGGACCCAAGAAAGGCCCUGGCAAGGGAAGGAUGAUUAACAAGCCAGAUGAGACCUGGAUCAUGAACCGUCUCAUCAAACAGCUCACUGACAUGGGUUUUCCAAGAGAUCCUGCUGAGGAGGCUUUGAAGAGCAACAACAUGAAUCUCGACCAGGCCAUGAGUGCUCUUCUGGAGAAGAAGACUGACCUCGACAAGCGUAGUAUGGGCAUUUCUGAUUAUAGCAACGGCCUGAACAAGCCACUGGUGUGUCGCGCAUCUAUGCUCUCAAAAGAUCCCUCUGACCGCCACGCCUUCCUUGACAAGGAUGGCGCACUCUCCGAUGAUGCCCCACCAUCACCAUUUAUGCCUUCCCCCAGCCUGAAGCUUCCCUUGGCCAACAGUAGCCUUCCUGGGCAGGGUCUGGGACCGGGCACUUCGGGGCUGGCCAUGCAAAACUUGAACAACAGACAGAUACCCAGUGGAAUGUUUGGCAGCAGUGGAGCAACACAAAGCCGGGCCAUGCAGCAGCAGCAGUCUCCUCAGCCACCAGUGCCACCUCUUAGCUCCUCCAUGCCUAGUCUACGUGCUCAAGUGCCUCAGUUUCUCUCCCCUCAGGUCCAAGCACAGCUCUUGCAGUUUGCAGCAAAAAACAUUGGUCUAAACCCUGCACUUUUAACCUCACCAAUAAACCCUCAACAAAUGACCCUGUUGUACCAACUCCAGCAACUGCAAAUGGCAUACCAGCGUUUACAAAUCCAGCAGCAGAUGAUGCAAGCGCAACGUAACGUUUCCGGCCCCAUUCGACAGCAAGAGCAGCAAGUCGCACGCACAAUCACCAACAUGCAGCAGCAGAUCCAGCAGCACCAGCGUCAGCUAUACCAGGCGCUGCUGAUGAAGCAGCAGCAGCUUCCCUCUCAUUCCACCUCUUCUUCCUCCCAAGCUGGUCUGCAUGCCCCUGGGAUCCCCACCAACGGUUCCGGAUCUUCAAAAUCAACCCUGGACCCUUUCACGGGCCCACAUCAUGCACCUGGCUUGGCUGAUACACUGCACACCAAAGAGCCGCUGUCUUCACCCAAUGCCUACAGCACCUACCCUCUUUCUGGACUGAAUCCAAACAUGAAUGUAAACUGCAUCGAGGUCGGAGGUCUGUCACUGAAGGAGCCCCCUCAACCCCAAUCCCGCCUUUCCCAGUGGACGCACUCCAACUCUAUGGACGGCCUCAGUGGCAACACCUCAAGCCUGGAAAAUAACCUCAACAAACACGGUGCCAUAUCUGCUGCCUCUACACUUGGUCCCCCUGGAAAGCCCUCACAGCUGGACGAUUCCUACAGCCCAUACAAUCUGAUGUCCAGCUCGGACGCCCCCGCCAGCUCCUUGGUACCCCCAGACAGCUGGGGCCAAGGCAAGAACCCCAAUGAAAAGAUAACCAACGGGACCAACAUCAACUGGCCCCCAGAAUUCUGCCCGGGUGUACCAUGGAAGGGCCUUCAAAACAUUGACCCUGAGAAUGACCCCAAUAUGACCCCUGGCAGCGUCCCCAGCGGUCCCACAAUCAACACCAAUAUCCAGGAUGUCAAUAGAUACCUGCUGCGUGACAGAAAUGGAGGCAAACUAUCUGAUGUUAAGUCCACUUGGUCCACGGGGUCUAUAACCCAGAACCAAUCCUCCUUGACCCACGAGCUAUGGAAAGUCCCUCAAGGCCCACGCGGCUCGGCGACCCCAUCUCGUCCCCCGCCAGGCCUUACCAACAACAAACCAUCCACCACCUGGGGAGGCAACUCGCUGGGCCUGGCCCAAGGCUGGAGUGGUUCUUACACCUCUGAGGGAACCACCUGGAGUACAGACAGCUCCAACAGGACCAGCAGCUGGCUGGUGCUGAGGAACCUCACACCUCAAAUUGAUGGUUCAACCUUGCGGACGCUGUGCAUGCAGCACGGCCCCUUGAUCACAUUCCACCUCAACCUGACCCAAGGGAACGCCGUGGUGCGCUACAGCUCCAAGGACGAGGCCGCCAAGGCCCAGAAGUCUCUGCACAUGUGUGUGCUAGGUAACACCACCAUCCUGGCAGAAUUUGCUGGCGAGGAGGAAGUGAACCGCUUCUUUGCACAAGGCCAGUCGCUGGCCUCAAACAACACCACCAGCUGGCAGGCCAACCCGGGAACCAAUCAGAAUCGAAUGGGCGGGGCAGCCGGGUCCCACUCCAUCGGACAAUGGAGCAGCGGCGGAGGAGGAAAGGCCAGCGGAGGUGACCUGCUUUGGGGGGGAGUACCUCAGUACUCCAGCCUGUGGGGGCCACCGAGCGGAGAGGACGCCCGCGUGAUCGGGAGCCCCACCCCUAUUAACACCCUGCUGCCUGGAGACCUGCUGAGUGGAGAGUCCAUGUAG